UAACAAUCAAGUCACUGAGUCUGUGAGUCAGUACUCGUCAUGAUUGCUAUUCGUGCUUGAUAUUACUAACAUCCAAUUUACUACGCAAAAGAACAAAAUAAUACAUGAAUACUAAUGAUGGCGGAUUCUAUGACCGCUCAGUCGGUACAUACUAUCAACCCUAAUACAGCCAAUGUUGUCAAAGAGGGAUGGCUGUUCAAAAGAGGUGAACACAUAAAGAACUGGCGUUCGCGCUAUUUUCUGCUGCUACAAGAUGGCUCGCUGAUCGGCUUCAAAGCGAGGCCUGAGGGCCCCACGGAGCCACUCAACAACUUCACCGUCAAGGGCUGUCAGAUCAUGAGCAUUGACCGACCCAAGCCCUACACCUUCAUCAUUCGCGGUCUCCAGUGGACAACAGUCAUCGAGCGCACCUUCCACGUCGAGUCUGACAAGGAGAGAGAGGAAUGGGUGGCAGCAAUCAAGGGCGUAGCAGACCGGCUGGCCGGCAUGGUCGAUGUGGAGAUGCUCUCCUCAGCCGCCUCCAGCUCCUCCGCCCCCGGCAUGCCGCCCCUUGAGCUGGCCACUGCGGCUGAUGAGUUCAAUGUCAAAUUCGCGCGGUUGGGGAACAGUAAUACGGCCAGUGGACGCAAGAAAGUGACGUUCGAGAACUUUGAGUUCCUGAAGGUGCUGGGCAAAGGCACGUUCGGCAAGGUGGUGUUGUGCCGCGAGAAGGCCACCAGUCGCCUCUACGCCAUCAAGAUACUGAAGAAGGAGGUGAUCAUUCAGAAGGACGAGGUCGCCCACACACUCACCGAGAACCGCGUGCUCAGGACUACCAACCAUCCGUUCCUAAUUUCGCUGAAAUACUCAUUCCAGACGGCGGACCCUUGCUUUGUGAUGGAGUACGUGAACGGAGGGGAGCUGUUCUUCCACCUGUCACGUGAGCGCGUGUUCAGUGAGGAGCGGACUCGCUUCUACGGCGCUGAGAUCAUAUCGGCACUGGGAUACCUGCAUCAGGAGGGCAUCAUCUAUCGCGAUCUGAAGUUGGAGAACCUGCUUCUAGACAAGGACGGACACAUAAAGAUCGCCGACUUUGGCCUGUGCAAGGAGGACAUCACCUACGGGCGGACAACGAAGACGUUCUGCGGCACACCCGAGUACCUGGCGCCCGAGGUGCUCGAAGACAACGACUAUGGGAGGGCGGUCGACUGGUGGGGCAUGGGUGUCGUCAUGUAUGAGAUGAUGUGCGGACGAUUGCCAUUCUACAACCGCGAUCAUGAUGUCCUCUUCACUCUCAUUCUCAUGGAGGAGGUGAAGUUUCCGCGCACGAUUUCGCCCGAAGCGAAGAGCCUUCUGAGCGGUCUGCUGGUGAAGGACCCGAACAAGCGGCUGGGAGGGGGUCCGGAUGAUGCGCACGACAUCAUGGCGCAUCCCUUCUUUGCGCCCAUCAACUGGGCCGAUCUACUGCAGAAAAAGAUAGCGCCGCUAUUUAAGCCACAGGUGACCUCGGACACUGACACCCGCUACUUCGACUCUGAGUUUACGGGCGAGCCUGUUGAGCUGACCCCACCGGACACAAGUGGCGCAUGCCCACUCAACAGCAUUGCAGAGGAGAUGGGCGAGCAAAUGCAGCCUCACUUCCCCCACUUCAGCUACCAGGACAUGGCUUCCACGUUGGGCACUAGCGCCUCGAUCAGUCUGAGUCUCAGCUCGCAUUCGCUCAUACACAACUAGGUUGUCUG